GAUGUCUGACAGCAAGGUAAAGUGCCGAAAAUAUUGUAAAUAUAGCGUCCAAUUAAACUGAUAAAUGUUUUUAGGAGCCUAAAAUGUGCUGCUGCCCCCAUAUGCAGCAGGACAUUGCUUAGCUUCCGACUACAGAGAAGUAGCUCAUAAAACCACACUUCAUAACAUCUGAACUUUGCCUUUGAGAUAAAACUUAUCAGCUGCCUGAGAAAACUCCACACCUUACAUUACGUCAUCUGAGACAAACCAGGUAAACCAGUUUGUUUCUGUUGAGUUGUCAGUGAGAAGAGACGCACCCACAGACAGACGCUGCUUUCAGAGACAAAAUGGCUUCCAUGUCAGAGGAGGAUUUCUGCUGUUCAGUCUGUCAUGAAGUCUUUGGAGAUCCUGUUGUUCUGUCAUGUAGCCACAGCUUCUGUAAAGACUGUCUGAAGAGCUGGUGGACAGAGAAACCAACACAUGAGUGUCCAGUUUGUAAGAGAAGAUCUUCAAGGCCAGAACCACCUUGUAAUCUGGAGUUAAAGAAGCUGUGUGAGAGUUUCUUACAGCAGAGAGAUCAGAGAGCUUCAGAGGCUCUCUGCAGUCUGCACUCGGAGAAACUCAAACUCUUCUGUCUGGACCAUCAGCCGCCAGUGGGUCUCAUCUGCAGAGAUUCAGAAAAUCACUCCAACCACAUAAGCAGACCCAUUGAUGAAGCUGCACGACAAAACAAGAAGAAACUUCAGGAAACUCUGGAGCCCUUAAAGAAGAAGUUAAAGGUUUUUGAACAAGUUAAAGUGAAGUGUGAUCAAACAGCAGAAGACAUAAAGGUCCAGGCCCGACGCACAGAGAUGCAGAUUAAGGAUCAGUUUAAGAAGCUUCACCAGUUUCUAGAAGAGGAAGAGGAGGCCAGGAUGGCUGCACUGAGGGAGGAAGAGGCGCAGAAGAGUCAGAGGAUGAAGGAGAAGACGGAGGCUCUGAGCAGAGAGAUAGCAGCUCUUUCAGACACAGUCAGAGCCACAGAGGAGGAGCUGAGAGCUGAAGACGUCUCAUUCUUGAUCAACUACAAGGCUGCAGUGGAAAGAGUCCAGCAGCGCCCCCUGCUGGAUGAUCCAAAGCCGCUCUCAGGAGCUCUGAUAGACGAGGCCAAACACCUGGGCAACCUGAGCUUCAACAUCUGGAACAAAAUGAAGGAGAUGGUCUCCUACACUCCUCUGAUUCUGGACCCAAACACUGUUUAUCCAAACCUCUUCCUGUCUGAAGAUCUGACCAGUAUGAGAUGGGGAGAGUAUCAGCAGCUUCCUGAUAAUCCAGAGAGGUUUGAUUCUCUCGCCUCUGUCCUGGGCUCUGAGGGCUUUAACUCAGGGACUCACAGCUGGGAUGUCGAGGUUGGAGACAGUGCAGACUGGAUACUGGGGGUGCUAGCAGAGUCUGUCCAGAGGAAGGGAGACAUACGGUCUGGAUUAUGGACAAUAUAUUUCUCUAGAGGUAAAUACUCAGCGUGGUCUCCACCAGCUCCAAACACUGUUCUCCCAUUUGAGAAGCAGCUCCAGAGGAUCAGAGUGACUCUGGACUGGAAUGGAGGAAAGCUGUCGUUCUCUGAUCCUGAUACCAACACACACAUACACACCUUCACACACACUUUCACUGAGAAGAUGUUUCCAUACAUAUUCACUGUGGAUGAAGUCCCACUGAAUAUAUCACCACUGAAGGUCUGUGUGACAAAACAACAGGUCUGAUAGAGUCUGUAGUUUUAGGAUGGUGAUAAUAAUAUUAAACAACUAUUCACUUCUUAACCCUCCUAACCCCAAAUACAGUCUGCAGGGUUUGAAAGCAUACAGCUUUUCACUGUGUCAACAUGGCGUGUCGAUAUAUUGUUGGAUUUGUGUUUAAAAGGAGAUGAAUGAAACUAAACAAGAUGAAAUGGACUGUAUUACCUGUGCUACGGUGAGCAGGCCGUCUAAGUUGGAAUAAA